GGAAAGGCAAAGGCGAGUAAAUCAAUUCCAGUGAUCCGCUCAUCAUCCCACCCCCAGCCCCAGCCCCAGCCCCGAGACUUGGCCCCGAGCCCUCCAACUCUCUCACUGGCCCCAAGCCCCGGCUCUCUCUCUCGUCUCGCGUGGCCUCGUUCGCUUUGCUGCAGCUCUCGCUCGAGGCAUGAGCUGAAUUGCCUCCUGAGCCCCCAGCGCCAUGAACGUGGCCACUGCUCCCGCGAGUAGAAGUGCGCACUAGACAUCGCGAGCGGGGACAGAAAUGCUGCUGCAUCUCGCCGAGAGGGCAGGACGGGACGAGGAGGAGGAGUGACGCUUGCCCCCGCAUUGCGCCAUCGGACGGAGGUAGGGAGGGAGGGAGGGAGGAGGGAGGGCCAGGGAGGAGUGCGAGGGGGCACGGACAGGGCAGCGGAAGCGGGCGAGCGAGGAGGGAGGGAUGUCGGCAUUGGGGGCAGCGACCCUCGUAACGCCAGGAGCCUCGUGGACUGCCACCUUCAGCAGCAGCCCCAGCCCCAGCCCCAGCCCCGACUGCUGCAAGUGCGCGGCAAGCCCAUCAUCGUCGUCGUCGUCGUGCGCCGGGCGGAAGAGCGCUCUGAGGAAUCCCAACGCCUCGCAGCUCUCGGUCUUGUACAAUCCGAGGCGCCGGAAUUUGAAGCAGCCCCCGCGCCAAUCCGUGAUCGUCACCGCUUCCGCGGCCGGCGAGGACGAUGCCUCCUCGAGCGGCGCCGAUGAAGCCCCGGAAAUGGAGUCGUCUAGCGGCGGGGUUCGGGUCAUCACUACCACCCAAUCCCCGACCCCGACCGUAACCCCAACCCCAAGCACCAGCACUAGCACUAGCACUAGCACCAGCACCAGCGAGGAGAUUUCCAUUCCGACCUCGGCCUCGGCCUCGACCCCGACCCCGACCCCGACCCCGACGGCAUCCGCGACCUCGAGCACGGACAGCGAAAUCGUCGGGGCCAGUGGACAGCGAUCGAAGAAUCAGGCGAAGAGCAGCACGAGCAAGAAGCAGCUGAGGCUGGAGGACGUGAACCCCGUGGAUUUAGGGCGCAAGGCGAGGCAGCUGGUGGACGAGAAGAACAUCACGCUGGACGAUGUGAAUCCUGUGGGUUUGGGGCGCAAGGCCAGGCAGCUGUACGACGAUGUGUGGAAGCGCCUGACGGAGUUGGGACAGUUGACGCGCUCUUAUGAUGAUGAUUUCGAGCAGGUGCUGGUCGGCGGACCCAUGUGUGAUUUCACCACCCCCAAUGCCGAACUCACCACCGUUCUCGUUGCCGGAGCUACUGGCCGUGUCGGACGCAUUCUGAUCCGUAAGCUCCAGAUUCGUGGCUACAAAGUCAAGGCUUUGGUGCGCAAUGACGACCCGGCCACUUUGGAGAUGCUCCCGAGGUCCGUGCAAAUCGUCGUCGGUGAUCUCGGUGAUCCUGAAUCGUUGAAAGCCGCCGUAGAGGGAUGUAACAAGAUUAUAUGCUGCGCCACUGCCCGCUCAGAUAUCACUGGAGACUUACUUCGUGUGGAUCAUAAGGGUGUGUACAAUUUGUCGAAAACAUUUCAGGAUUACAAUCACAAGUUGGCUCAAACUCGUGCCGGGAGAAGUAGUAAGAGCAAACUACAGAUUGCGAAGUUCAGUCAAGGCUCUUCUUUGGAAGGGUGGGAACUCCGUGAAGGCACUUAUUUCGUUGACGAUGUGUCUGUCAAGUAUGAUGGGGGCAUGGAUGCCCAGCUUGAGGUAGCGGAGGACGGGAAUGCAGUAUUUUCAGGUUACGUCUUCACUCGCGGAGGAUAUGUGGAGCUGGUGAAGAAAAUGGAGUUGCCACCGGGCCUUACUCUCGACAGAUACGAGGGUCUUCUGUUAUCUGUUUGCGGUGAUGGCAAGAGCUACACUUUAUUGCUCGAGACAUGCGAUCCAGAGAACAAUUCUGCUCGCAAGCAGUACUUUGCUCGUAUCUCCACUCGCUUAGGCUACAGCAGGAUACGGAUACCAUUCUCGACCUUCCGACCCAUGAAACAGGAAGAUCCACCCUUGGAUCCCUUUUUGGUGGACUCGUUAGCCAUUAGAUUUGAACCAAGACGUCAGAAAACUCCGGCUGUGCGUCCCGAUGGUGCUGACCCUCGCGAUCAGACCAGCUUCAGAUUAACUCUUGAUUAUAUAAAAGCCUUACCCGGUGGACAAGAAACGGAUUUCAUCUUAGUGUCAUGCGCGGGCGAAGGAGUCGACCCGUCGAAGCGAGAUAAACUUGUUAGAGCCAAGCAAGCUGGAGAGGGAGCACUCAGAAAUUCCGGUCUUGGGUACACAAUUAUCAGACCAGGACCCCUUCAGGAAGAACCAGGCGGACAACGUGCUCUAGUAUUUGACCAAGGCGAUCGUAUCAGUCAGGGAAUUAGCUGUGCAGAUGUCGCAGACGUGUGUGUCAAAGCGCUGCACAACCCUACCGCUCGCAACAAGAGCUUUGAUGUAUGUUACGAAUACACCAUGGAGAAAGGACAAGGGCUUUAUGAGCUCGUGGCCCAUCUCCCAGAUAAAUCAAACAAUUAUUUGACACCAGCUUUGGCUGUUCUAGAGAAAAACACCUGAGCCAGUACUUGUACUUUUGCAAACCUCAGAAGCACGUAGGCAGUUAGCUCUUGUUGAGAAGAACCAUGUAUUUUCGCUCCCUCGAAGAGUGGCAGAGAGCCAGAUCACCAAGGCGAGGGACAGUGUAGUUUACUGUUGAGUAUGUACCAAAGGCUUCUUCAAUUUCGAGAGCCUGUGAUUUAUUGUGUCACAACCCAAAGGGAGUCUUGUACAUUGAAGCGGUUUGUCAUUAUAGAGGAAAAGUUCAGAUAGUGACCUUAAUUUGCCUAACUUUGUAACCAUGCCAAAUAAUACAAAAUGUAACGUUUCU